GGAGAGGACAGCCUGUGGGAAGGGAGUGGAGGCAAAACCGAGCGAGAUAGUCGGCCCACGGCUGACCCCUCGCGUGUGGUAAUGAAGUAGGCUAGACCUGCAGCAGGGAAGGACUCCACUCGACCUAGUGACCUGCGGCCACCGGCUGUGCUGCUGAAGACUGUGUGCUUCCUCAUCGACGACAUCUCUACCUCCCCCACUCUCCAGCCAUGGACUGAUGUUAGCCAUCUCCACUGUGUUCCUUUUCUGUGAUAUCUCAUGCAACAUUUCAUCAACACAUUUGUUAUUGUUUUGUGUAUUUCUAGGUGUAUGACUUUUUCUUUGACUGGCUGCGCAGUGUGAGACAGGAUAUCAUCCAGAGGAUGUCUGGUCCUGACUGUGGCCGUGCUGGAGUGGAUGGUCCGAUUCCCGAUCUACGAGUCCUACAGGCUGAAGAAAUAUGAAGAACACAGUAAGUAAGCAUACUAUAUACAGGGUCAGUUCAAUUACCAUAUUUACAAUGUGCAGGGAUACUGGAGUGAUGGAGGUAAAUACUGUAUGUAUAGGGGUAAGGGGACUAGGCGUCAUUAUAUAAGAUUAACAGAGUAGCAACAGCUCGUAUGUUAGUGGGUGUGUGUAGAGUCAGUAUAAAUGUACAGUAUGUGCAUGUUAUGUGUGAGUGAGCAGAUGAUGGAGUGAAUAUGUGUGAGGGCCCUGUGAGUGUGCAUAGAGACAAAAAUAAAAAGGUCAAUGAGGAUACAAGGUUAACUCAGAUAGCCCGUGUAGCUAUUUUGUUAGCUAUUUAUCAGUCUUAUUGCUUGUGGAUAGAAGCUGUUCAAGAGCCUGUUAGUGCCAGACUUGAUGCACCGGUACCGCUUGCCGUGCGAAAGCAGAGAGAAUAGUCUAUGGCUUGGGUGGUUGGAGUCUUUAAUGAUUUUCUGGACCUUCCUACCACACCGCUUGAUAUAGAUGUCAUGGAUGGCAGAGAGCUCGACCCAAGUGAUGUACUGGGCUGUCCAUACCACCCUCUGUAGCGCCAUGCGAUCGAGGGUGGUGCUAUUGCCAUACCAGGCAGUGAUGCAGCCUGUCGAAAUGCUCUCAAUGGUACAACCUUUUGAAGAUUUGAGGGCCCAUGCCAAACUUGUUCAACCUCCUGAGGGGGAAGAGGCGCUGCCGUGCCUUCUUCACGACUGCGUGUGUGUUUGGACCAUUUUAAUUCUUUAGUGAUUUGGACACUGAGGAACUUGAAGCUCUCAACCUGCUCCACUGUGGCCCUGUGGAUGGGGGCGUGUUCGCCCCCCCGUUUCCUGUAGUCCACGAUCAGUUCCUUGGUCUUACUAACAUUGAGGGAGAGGUUGUUGUUCUGGCACCACACUGCCAGGUCACUGACCUCCUCCCUGUAGGCUGACUCAUCGUCACCGGUGAUCAGGCCUACCACCGUCGUGUCGUCAGCAAACGUGAUGAUGGUGUUGGAGUCGUGCAUGGCCACACGAUCGUGGGGGAACAGGGAGUACAGGAGGGGACUAAGCACACACCCCUGUGUUGAGGGUCAGCAUGGUGGAUGUGAUGUUGCCUACCCACAUAGAUGCAAGACAACCUGGGUGGGUCCUAGCUAGUUGUUUUUGGACUAGUAAAAGACUAUGAAUAGGUAGAGCGGCGGUAACUCACCAGCAUUACGACCAGGAAUACGACUUUCCCGAAGCAGAUCCUUUGUUUGCACUCCCCAGGAACACUGAACUGAUUCCAGCGGCUGACCCAAAACAUCGCCGGCGGAGGAGAGGCACUCGGAGCGGCCUGCUGUUUCGACUUAGGAGGUGCGCACACCACCCACCGCUUCCAAGUAUACUACUCGCUAAUGUUCUGUCUUUGGUUAACAAGAUCAACGAACUCCGGGCAAGGAUUUCUUUCCAGCGAGACAUCAAGGCCUGUAACAUACUUUGUUUCACGGAAACUUGGCUCUCUUGGGAUAUUCUGUCGAAAUCGGUCCAGCCAGAGGGGUUCUCAGUUCAUUGCGCAGACAGGAAUAAAUAUCUCUCCGGGAAGCAAAGGGCGGAGGUGUGUGUUUCAUGAUUAACGACUCAUGGUGUAAUUGUAGUAACAUACAGGAUCUCGAGUCCUUUUGUUCACCCAACCUAGAAUAUCUCACAAUCAAAUGCAGACCGUAUUAUCUCCCAAGAUAAUUUUCUUCGGUUAUAGUCACGGCCGUGUAUAUCCCCCCUCAAGCCGAUACCACGACGGCCCUCAAAGAACUUCACUGGACUUUAUGCAAACUGGAAACCACAUAUCCUGAGGCUGCAUUUAUUGUAGCCGGGGAUUUUAACAAAGCAAAUUUGAGGACUAGGCUGCCAAAGUUCUAUCAACAUAUCGACUGUUGUACUCGCGCUGCCAAAAUCCUCGACCAUUGCUAUUCGAACUUCCGGGAUGGUAAUACGGCCCUCCCCCGUCCUCCUUUCGGCAAAUCUGACCACGACUCCAUUUUGCUCCUCCCUUCCUAUAGGCAGAAACUCAAACAGGAAAUACCAGUGCUAAGGACUAUUCAACGCUGGUCUGACCAAUCGGAAUCCACGCUUCAAGAUUGUUUUGAUCACGCGGACUGGGAUAUGUUCUGGGUAGCUUCCGAAAAUAAUUUAGACGAAUACACUGAAACGUUGACUGAGUUUAUCAGGAAGUGUAUAGGUGAUGUUGUGCCCACUGUGACUAUUAAAACCUACCCUAACCAGAAACCGUGGACAGAUGGUAGCAUUCGCGCCAAUCUGAAAGCGCGAACCACCGCAUUCAACCAUGGCAAGGUGACUGGGAAUAUGGCAGAAUACAAACAGUGUAGCUACUCACUCCGCAAGACAAUUAAACUGGCAAAACAUCAGUAUAGAGACAAAGUGGAGUCGCAUUUCAACGGCUCAGACACGAGACGUAUGUGGCAGGGUCUACAGACAAUCACAGACUACAAAAGGAAAACCAGCCACGUCGCCAACACCGCCGUCUCGCUUCCAGACAAGCUAAACACCAUCUUCGCCCACUUUGAGGAUAACACAGUGCCACUGACGAGGCCCACAAGCAAGGACUGUAGCCUCUCCUUCUCCGUGGCCGACGUGAUUAAGACAUUUAAGCAUGUUAACCCCCGCAAGGCUGACGGCCCUGUCGGUAUCCCUAGCCGCGUCCUCAGAGCAUGCGCAGACCAGCUGGCUGGUGUGUUUAUGGACAUAUUCAAUCUCUCCCUAUCCCAGUCUGCUGUUCCCACAUGCACAGAAAGCAAAGGUAACUGAACUAAAUGACUAUCGCCCUGUAGCACUCACCUCUGUCAUCAUGAAGUGCUUUGAGAGACUAGUCAAGGAUCAUAUCACCUCUACCUUACCUGUCACCCUAGACCCACUUCAAUUUGCUUACCGCCCCAAUAGAUCCACAGACGAUGCAAUCGCCAUCACACUGCACACUGCUCUAUCCCAUCUGGACAAGAGGAAUACCUAUGAAAGAAUGCUGUUCAUUGACUAUAGCUCAGUAUUCAACACCAUAGUACCCUCCAAGCUUAUCAUCAAGCUCGAGGUCCUGGGUCUGAACCCCGCCCUGUGCAACUGGGUCCUGGACUUCCUGAUGGGCCGCCCCCCAGGUGGUGAAGGUAGGAAACAACAUCUCCACUUCGCUGAUCCUCAACACUGGGGCCCCACAAGGGUGCGUGCUUAGCCCCCUCCUGUACUCCCUGUUCACCCAUGACUGCGUGGCCAAGCACGCCUCCAACUCAAUCAUCAAGUUUGCAGACGACACAACUGUAGUAGGCUUGAUUACCAAUAAUGACGAGACCGCCUACAGGGAGGAGGUGAGGGCUCUGGGAGUGUGGUGCCAGGAAAAUAACCUCUCACUCAACGUCAACAAAACAAAGGAGAUGAUCGUGGACUUCAGGAAAAAGCAGAGGGUGCACCCCCCUAUCCACAUCGACGGGACCGCAGUGGAGAAGGUGGAAAGCUUAAAGUUCCUUAGCGUACACAUCACAGACAAACUGAAAUGGUCCACCCACGUAGACAGUGUGGUGAAGAAGAUGCAACAGAGCCUCUUCAACAUCAGGAGGCUGAAGAAAUUUGGCUUGUCACCUAAAACCCUCACAAACUUUUACAGAUGCACAAUUGAGAGCAUCCUGUCGGGCUGUAUCACCACCUAGUACGGCAACUGCACUGCCCGCAACCGCAGGGCUCUCCAGAGGGUGGUGCGGUCUGCCGAACGCAAUAUCGGGGGCAAACUACCCGCCCUCCAAGACACAUACAGCACCCGAUGUCACAGGAAGGCCAAAAAGAUCAUCAAGGACAUCAACCACCCGAGCCACUGCCUGUUCACCCCGCUAUCAUCCAGAAAGCGAGGUCAGUACAGGUGCAUCAAAGCUGGGACCGAGAGAAUGAAAGAAGCUGUUUAUCUCAAGGCCAUCAGACUGUUAAAUAGCCAUCACUAGCACAUUAGAGGCUGCUGCUGCCUAUUGAAAUCAUUGGCCACUUUAAGAAAUGGAACACUAGUCACUUUAAUAAUGUUUACAUAUCUUGCACUACUCAUCUCAUAUGUAUAUACUGCAUUCUAUUCUAUAAUAUUCUACUGUAUCUUAGUCCAUGCUGCUCUGUCAUUGCUUGUCCAUAUACAGUGGGGAGAAAAAGUAUUUGAUACACUGCCGAUUUUGCAGGUUUUCCUACUUACAAAGCAUGUAGAGGUCUGUAAUUUUUAUCAUAGGUACACUUCAACUGUGAGAGACGGAAUCUAAAACAAAAAUCCAGAAAAUCACAUUGUAUGAUUUUUAAGUAAUUAAUUUGCAUUUUAUUGCAUGACAUAAGUAUUUGAUCACCUACCAACCAGUAAGAAUUCCGGCUCUCACAGACCUGUUAGUUUUUCUUUAAGAAGCCCUCCUGUUCUCCACUCAUCUGAACUCGACACCUGUCCACACACUCAAUCAAACAGACUCCAACCUCUCCACAAUGGCCAAGACCAGAGAGCUGUGUAAGGACAUCAGGGAUGAAAUUGUAGACCUGCACAAGGCUGGGAUGGGCUACAGGACAAUAGGCAAGCAGCUUGGUGAGAAGGCAACAACUGUUGGCGCAAUUAUUAGAAAAUGGAAGAAGUUCAAGAUGACGGUCAAUCACCCUCGGUCUGGGGCUCCAUGCAAGAUCUCACCUCGUGGGGCAUCAAUGAUCAUGAGGAAGGUGAGGAUCAGCACAGAACUACACGGCAGGACCUGGUCAAUGACCUGAAGAGAACUGGGACCACAGUCUCAAAGAAAACCAUUAGUAACACACUACGCCGUCAUGGAUUAAAAUCCUGCAGCGCACGCAAGGUCCCCCUGCUCAAGCCAGCGCAUGUCCAGGCCCGUCUGAAGUUUGCCAAUGACCAUCUGGAUGAUCCAGAGGAGGAAUGGGAGAAGGUCAUGUGGUCUGAUGAGACAAAAAUAUAGCAUUUUGGUCUAAACUCCACUCGCCGUGUUUGGAGGAAGAAGAAGGAUGAGUACAACCCCAAGAACACCAUCCCAACCGUGAAGCAUGGAGUUGGAAACAUCAUUCUUUGGGGAUGCUUUUCUGCAAAGGGGACAGGACAACUGCACCGUAUUUAGGGGAGGAUGGAUGGGGCCAUGUAUCGCGAGAUCUUGGCCAACAACCUCCUUCCCUCAGUAAGAGCAUUGAAGAUGGGUCGUGGCUGGGUCUUCCAGAAUGACAACGACCCGAAACACACAGCCAGGGCAACUAAGGAGUGGCUCCGUAAGAAGCAUCUCAAGGUCCUGGAGUGGCCUAGCCAGUCUCCAGACCUGAACCCAAUAGAAAAUCUUUGGAGGGAGCUGAAAGUCCGUAUUGCCCAGCGACAGCCCCGAAACCUGAAGAAUCUGGAGAAGGUCUGUAUGGAGGAGUGGGCCAAAAUCCCUGCUGCAGUGUGUGCAAACCUGGUCAAGACCUACAGGAAACGUAUGAUCUCUGUAAUUGCAAACAAAGGUUUCUGUACCAAAUACUAAGUUCUGCUUUUCUGAUGUAUCAAAUACUUAUGUCAUGCAAUAAAAUGCAAAUUAAUUACUUAAAAAUCAUACAAUGUGAUUUUCUGGAUUUUUGUUUUAGAUUCCGUCUCUCACAGUUGAAGUGUACCUAUGAUAAAAAUUACAGACCUCUACAUGCUUUGUAAGUAGGAAAACCUGCAAAAUCGGCAGUGUAUCAAAUACUUGUUCUCCCCACUGUAUGUAUAUUUUCUUAAAUUCCAUUCCUUACUAGUUUUGUGUGGAUUAGGUAUAUGUUGUGAAAUUGUUAGAUAUUACUUGUUAGAUAUUACUCCACUGUCGGAGCUAGAAGCACAAGCAUUUCGCUACGCCCGCUAUAACAUCUGCUAAACACGUGUAUGUGACAAAUAACAUUUGAUUUGAUUUAGUUAAUUGCAGUGUUAAUUCAGAUAGCUGACAUACAGAGCACGACUCUUAAAUAGAAUUGAAUCACAAGAACAUGAGCUCUCGCAUAUUUCACAGCAAAGAAAGAGCAAGCUAGCGAGGGAGAGAGAGAUGGGAGGGGCACGGUCAGGCAUAGGUAAGCAUGCCGGCCACCAGGCAGACAGUCAGAACCAUACAUCGUUAAUCAAAAGAUGUAGGCUAUAGCUAUCACAAUGCUGUAUUUUGCAAUUUAUUGGCUUGCAAUGUCUUGCGCAAUUUCACUAAAGGAGAGGCUAUCGAUGAGUAGGCUGAGCUAUUCUACACUCAACAGACCGAACACCAAACAUACUAGCGUGUUUCAUAGCGAAGAGAAAGAGGAGCAGGUGAGGAAGAGAGCGGAUCGGGGCAGAGAGACAGUCAGAACCGUGUGCAUAGGCUACAGUGCAUUCGGAAAGUAUUCAGACCCCUUGACUUUUUCCACAUUCUGUUACGUUACAUCCUUAUUGUAAAAUUGAUUACAUUGUUUUUUCCCCUCAACAAUCUACACACAAUACCACAUAAUGACAAAGCAAAAACAGGCUUUUUGAAUAAAAACCUGAAAUAUGACACUUACAUAAGUGUUUACAGCCUUGAGUCUUCUUGGGUAUGACGCUACAAGCUUGGUACACCUGUAUUUGGGGAGUUUCUCCCAUUCUUCUCUGCAGAUCCUCUCAAGCUCUGUCAGGUUGGAUGGGGAGCGUUGCUGUACAACUAUUUUCAGGUCUCUCCAGAGAUGUUCGAUCGGGUUCAAGUCCGGGCUCUGGCUGGGCCACUCAAGGACAUUCAGAGACUUGUUCGGAAGCCACUCCUGCGCUGUCUUGGCUGUGUGCUUAGGUUCGUUGUCCUGUUGGAAGGUGAACCUUCGCCACAGUCUGAGGUCCUUAGCGCUCUGGAGCAGGUUUUCAUCAAGGAUCUCUCUGUACUUUGCUCCGUUCAUCUUUGCCUCGAUCCUGACUAGUCUCCGAGUCCCUGCCGCUGAAAAACAUCCACACAGCAUGAUGCUGCCACCACCAUGCUUCACCGUAGGGAUGGUGCCAGGUUUCCUCCAGACGUGACGCUUGGCAUUCAGGCCAAAGAGUUCAAUCUUGGUUUCAUCAGACGAGAGAAUCUUGUUUCUCAUGGUCUGAGAGUCCUUUAGGUGCCUUUUGGCAAACUCCAAGCGGGCUGUCAUGUGCCUUUUACUGAGGAGUGGCUUCCGUCUGGCCACUCUACCAUAAAGGCCUGAUUGGUGGAGUGCUGCAGAGAUGGUUGUCUUUCUGGAAGGUUCUCCCAUCUCCACAGUGGAACUCUAGAGCUCUGUCAGAGUGACCAUUGGGUUCUUGGUCACCUCCCUGACCAAGGCCCUUCUCCACCAAUUGCUCAGUUUGGCCGGGCAGCCAGCUCUAGGAAGAGUCUUGGGGGUCCCAAACUUCUUCCAUUUAAGAAUGAUGGAGGCCACUGUGUUCUUGGGGACCUUCAAUGAUGCAGAAAUGUUUUGGUACCCUUCCCCAGAUCUGUGCCUCGACACAAUCCUGUCUCGGAGCUCUACGGACAAUUCCUUCGACCUCAUGGCUUGGAUUUUGCUCUGACAUGCAUUGUCAACUGUGGGACCUUUAUAUAGACAGGUGUGUGCCUUUCCAAAUCAUGUCCAAUCAAUUGAAUUAACCACAGGUGGACUCCAAUCAAGUUGUAGAAACAUCUCAAGGAUGAUCACUGGAAAUUUCGAGUCUCAUCGCAAAGGAUCUGAAUACUUAUGUAAAUACGGUAUUUCUUUUUUUAAUUUGUAAAAAAUGUGCAAGAAUUUCUAAGAACCUGUUUUCGCUUUAUCAUUAUGGGUUAUUGUGUGUAGAUUGCUGAGGAUUUUUAUUUAAGAAAUUUUAGAAUAAGGCUGUAAUGUAACAAAAUGUGGAAAAGGUCAAGGGGUCUGAAUACUUUCCGAAGGCACUGUAUAUCUUGGUAAUCUGUAUCUAGCAAUGCCUCGUACAUUCACCAAAAGUAUAUUAAAGUAUAUACAGUAUUAGGCUAUCAAUGAGUAUGGCUAAGCUUUUCUUCAUUGUGCCAGUGUAUUGAAGUUAAACAUCGCCAAAUGCGUCAGUUUAAUUAGGCGUAAAUGUGCAAUAAAAAGUAUUGCCUAUAGCUUAUUUAAUGAAACCCUGGCUGGCUGUUGGUGUCCUAGGUCAGGGCUCUCCAAACAUGUUCCUGGAGAGCUACCUUCCUGUAGUUCAUAUAAGGAAAUCGGUCAAUUGAAAUAAAUUCAUUAGGCCCUAAUCUAUGGAUUUCAAAUGAAUGGGCAGGGGUGCAGCCAAGGCCUGAGUGGGCCUACUGGGGAGCCAGGCCCAGCUUAUCAGAAUUAGUUUUUCCCCACAAAAGGGCUUUAUUACAGACAGAAAUACUCCUCAGAUCCCACGGAUGUGGAGGUCCUGGGCUGGCGUGGUUACACGUGGUCUGCGGUUGUGAGGCCGGUUGGAUGUAUUGCCAAAUUAUCUAAAAUGACGUAAACGCAGCUGAUGGUAGAGAAAUUAACAUUAAAUUAUUUGACAAUAGCUCUGCUGGACAUUCCUGCAGUCAGCAUGCCAAUUGCACGCUCCCUCAACUUAAGACAUCUGUGGCAUUGUGUUAUGUGACAACUGCACAUUUUCAAGUGGCCUUUUAUUGUCCCCAGCACAAGGUGCACCUGUGUAAUGAUCAUGCUGUUUAAUCAGCUUCUUGUUAUGCCACACCUGUCAGGUGGAUGGAUUAUCUUGGCAAAGGAGAAAUGCUCACUAACAGGGACAUAAACACAUUUGUGGACAAAAUUUGAGAGAAAUAACAUUUUUGUGAGUGAAACAUUUCUGGGAUUUUUUAUUUCAGCUCAUGAAACAUGGGACCAACACUUUUGUUCAGUAUAGAAUGGUUUUGGAUUUCUCCCUUUCCCCAUUCUGGAACUUUGAGGGUUUAUGACAUAGCCCCUAUAGUAAUUUUAAUAGGAUCUCUAUUAGAGAAACUGACAGCAGAGUGUACUGAAAAUCAACAGAUUAUCGCCCUCUAACCACAGAACAUCGUAUGACGAUUCUACUGUGCAAUACCUUCAUUCGUUAUGGUGUGUCUUCUCUCCAAGCAGACUUACAUUUCUAUACAAUUCCUGUAUCAUCAUCCAGGUUCAGUCUAUACCACAAAGCACACAAUGGAGCUGCCAGAGCGGAUCCGCUCCACCCUGCCGUGUGUCUGACCCUAUCAGUUAGCCGGUCCUUCAUGGAUCGCAACCAUGUAUGACUCCUCCAAUUGGCCCACAGACUGGACUUCCUGCAGAGCUGUGCCCUGCGCCGGCACCUGGAGGCCUGUCGCAUUGACCUGCUGCUACUCCACAGCCACAGCCACAGCAGCAAGAACUGCAGCUUCCCCCUCCACAAGAUGGCCUACAUCCUGGCCCUGGAUGUCCCCCCCAACACCCAGCUGUGCCAGGCCCACGGUGUGGACGUCAAAGGGGACUCGGUGGUAUUCUCCAAGACCUUCAUUGAGAUCGAGGCUGGGUUA